GUAUGACUUGAACCCAGGAUACUCAUAGAGAACGACGGUGACUAAAUGUAUCGAUGACUGCUGCGACUGUUCUAUGUAUCUAUAAGUUUUUCUUGCGUUUCUUCAUGAUAUUACUCAUGUUAAAUCGCACAUACACGACAACAUGCAAAUGUGAGCCCUAAGACUUAACAAGGAGAGCAGCACGAAUUACUUACUCAAGCUCGUGAAGCAACAUGAUGAAGAGAUCAGUUUCAUCAACGGUCGAGGAUUCCGAUCCACCCUCUGGCGCAGGCGGCCGCGGAGCUGGGCGGGGUCAGACAAGCGAUGGCCAAGUGGUGAGGCUUGACAAGUCUGAGACGCG